UAAUUAAUUUUUACUUAUUUUUUCAGUAAACAAGUAAUUGAUUAAACAAUUUUAAAUUAAAUUUAUAAAUAUGUUGCGAACUGUUUAUGCAACUAAUUUCAAACCAUUUGGGUUAAACAAUUUUCAUACUGCAUGUAUAAGAUGUACUGACAAAAUAAAUGAAACAUUUUCUAAAAAAUUGGAAAAUGGUCCCCAAUUUGAGGAUUUUAUUGACAACAGUUAUACAGAAUAUGAAGGAAAAUUAAAAUUAGAGAAAGGAGAGAACACCAGAUUGAAGUUACCACCAUGGCUUAAGACAGAAAUACCUAUGGGUAAAAAUUAUAGUAAAAUCAAAUCUCAGUUGAGGCAGCUGCGUUUAAGUACAGUUUGCGAAGAAGCUCGUUGUCCUAACAUUGGAGAAUGUUGGGGCGGAGGAAGUCAUGGUACUGCGACUGCUACUAUUAUGUUAAUGGGAGACACUUGUACUCGUGGCUGUCGAUUUUGUUCCGUUAAAACAUCUCGUGCACCAUCACCAUUAAAUCCUAAAGAACCAAUUAAUACAGCAACCGCAAUAAUAGAUUGGGACUUAGAUUAUGUUGUUCUUACCUCUGUUGAUAGAGAUGACUUAAGCGAUGGUGGAGCAGAACAUAUAGCAAUGACAGUAAAAGAAAUUAAAUCUAGGAGCGAUAUUUUUGUUGAAUGUUUAGUACCGGAUUUUAGAGGAAACAGAAGUAGCAUCGCAACUAUUGUUUCUUCCAAUCUUGAUGUGUUUGCACAUAAUAUUGAAACUGUGGAGAGAUUAACACCGUUUGUGAGAGAUAGACGAGCUAAUUAUAAACAGUCCUUAGAAGUCCUAAAAAUAGCUAAGGAAUAUAAUAAAAAUUUAAUAACGAAAUCAUCGAUCAUGCUUGGGUUGGGUGAAACCGAUGAUGAAGUAGAACAAACGAUGAAAGAUCUAAGAGAUGCUGGAGUAAAUGCUUUAACAUUAGGACAAUAUAUGCAGCCUACAAAAAGACAUUUAAAAGUAAUAGAAUACGUGACACCAAGUAAAUUUAAAUCAUGGGAAAAUAUGGGAAAACAAUUAGGAUUCUUGUAUACUGCAAGUGGACCAUUAGUACGAUCUUCAUACAAAGCUGGCGAAUUCUUUUUAACAAAUAUUUUAAAGGAUCGUCAUCAACAUAAAACCAAAACUCCUUCUGAACUAUAACUAAUGUCAAUAUACCAAUAAAAUAUGUAGUAGAAAUAAAAAUGUAUAAUAUUAUAUAUAAAAAAUGAUACAAAUUUGUAAUUCAAGAUGUUUGUAAUGUAACAACAAAUCAUCAUGAAAUUUCUUAUGCAUUGAUGUUGAAUGAUAAGUAUUUAACUCUCUUACAUUAAAUAUUUAAAGAACAAAACUUGAAAAUAAAGCGACCAUAUUUUUUGUA